UUCCAUUGAAAUCUCCCAAACCAAAACAAACGAAAAUGAAGAACCCCAUCUUCUCCCGCCGGGCGAUUCUUUUUCUAAUGUUUCCGAUUCUCUUCUCGCCGGACUUCGCAUUUUCCGGCCACGACUACGGCGAAGCCUUGUCCAAAUGUAUCCUGUUCUUUGAAGGGCAGCGAUCGGGGUUCUUACCGCAGGAACAGCGGAUGACGUGGCGUGCAAACUCCGGCCUUAGCGACGGCUGGACUUAUCAAACUGACCUCACCGGCGGCUACUACGACGCCGGCGAUAAUGUCAAGUUCGGUUUUCCGAUGGCGUUUACUACCACGCUUCUGUCUUGGAGUGUCAUUGAGUUCGGCGACUUGAUGCCGCCGGUAGAGGUUCGAAACUCGCUUGAUGCGAUUCGUUGGUCUACGGAUUAUCUCCUCAAAACGGUGUCGCAGCCUAAUCGGAUUUUUGUUCAGGUGGGAGAUCCGAGUGCGGAUCAUUUUUGUUGGGAGAGGCCAGAGGAUAUGGACACAAUGAGAACCGUGUACGCCGUGGAUGCACCGGGGACUGCAUCGGAUGUGGCGGGUGAGACAGCGGCAGCAUUGGCAGCAGCAUCGAUGGCGUUUCGAUCAUCAGACCCGGGGUAUGCCGAUACGUUGCUGCGAAAUGGAAUAAAGGCAUUCGAGUUAGCUGAUAACUACAGAGGAGCUUAUAGUGAUAACGACCAUAUUAGAGAGGGUGUUUGUCCGUUUUAUUGCGAUUUUGAUGGCUAUCAGGAUGAGCUACUAUGGGGAGCUGCUUGGUUAAGAAGGGCGAGUCAAAACGAGUCGUAUUUGAGUUAUAUUCAAGACAAUGGCAAGACGCUUGGCGCUGAAGAUAGCUUCAACGAGUUUGGCUGGGACAAUAAGCACGCUGGUCUUAACGUUCUCGUCUCUAAGGAAGCUCUAGAAGGAAACAUAUUCACACUCCAAUCGUACAAGGCGUCUGCAGACAAUUUCAUGUGCACACUAAUUCCAGAAUCCUCCUCCUCCCACAUCCAGUACACUCCCGGCGGCCUCAUCUACAAGCCUGGCGGCAGCAACCUCCAGCACGCCACCUCCAUCACCUUCCUCCUCCUCGCCUACGCCAACUAUCUCGACCGCACCUCCGCCACCGUCAACUGCGGCAACGUCGUAGUCGGUCCUGCCGCCCUCCGUAGCCAAGCCAAGCGCCAAGUCGACUACAUCCUCGGCGACAAUCCCAAGGGCAUCUCAUACAUGGUCGGGUACGGUAAGUACUUCCCGCAGCGGAUCCACCACCGCGGCUCCUCCCUGCCGUCGGUCCGCGAACAUCCGCAGCCGAUCGCUUGCAAGGAAGGCUCCACGUACUUCAAUUCGGCGGAUCCGAACCCUAAUGUGCUAGUUGGUGCCCUAGUCGGCGGCCCUGGGGAGGACGAUGUGUAUGAGGACGAUCGAGCCGAUUUCCGCAAGUCGGAGCCCACUACUUACAUUAAUGCGCCAUUUGUCGGUGUUUUGGCUUAUUUUGCUGCGAAUCCAGGGGCUUGAUUGAUUGAUUGAUGGUCCGGCGAGGGCGACGGCGGAUGAAAAAGGAAGGAAGGCGAGUUUUUGGGGGUUUUUUUUUUUCCCGGUUUUUUAGAUAAAGCACAAAAGGAUGAUGGUCUCUCAUCUUGGCGGUUUAGCGAAAGAGGGUAGAGGCUUGUUUUGGUAAUUUCACUCGAAUUACCACUGGAAUUUUAUAAUAUUGAAAGCUCUAUUAAAACUAUAUUUAUUAU